AUGCUUCCAAGCUAUAAAAUAAACGACAAAGAUCGUCAAAAAUUCGCCCACCUCAAAUUAGCGGAUCCCAACUGCCACACCCCCGCGCAAGUUGAUAUCAUAUUAGGCAGCGACCUAAUACCCCAAAUAAUGCUAGAACGCAUUGAAAAAAUUUCAAAUACCCUGUUAGCCCAAAAUACCAUCUUUGGAUGGAUACUAAGCGGCCAAGUAAGUGAAAAAAUAUCGGUAUUCAUAACUCAAGUUGAAGAUAUUUCAAACGAAUACCUCAAUUCUCAAUUAAAAAGAUUUUGGGAGUUAGAAGAACUCCCCCCCAUACAAGUCACUACCCCAGAAGAUAAAGCUUGCGAAGAUUACUACAAAGCCACAACAACGCGAGCACAAACUGGUCGAUAUGUAGUACGACUUCUAUUUAAGCCAGAAUUCCCAGAUACACUCGCCCUAGGUCGCUCCCGAACCUCUGCGCUUCAGCAGUUUUUAAGUAUGGAAAAAAACCUACUUAAAAAACGCGAGCUUAAAUCAGCAUACGAUGGUGUCCUGGAAGAAUAUCUCGAUUUAGAUCAUAUGGAAAAGGUAAAUCCAUAUGAGAACAUAACCAAGGGUAAAUACACCUCAUUUUACCUACCCCAUCAUGCGGCUGUAAAACCAGACAAAAAAACAACCAAG